AUGGCCGACAACCCUAGCUCUCUCGGUGGCAGCUCAGAUGAGUUCCAUUCUAGCUUUGACCGCUCAGAUGAGCAAAACGUUGCCUUCGCUGUCGCUUUAUCACUGAAUGGCUGGAGGAUCCGACGAGGCCGAGGACCACGCAAUCACGACAUCUGUCUCUACUGCCGUGGCAACAUCACUGAUGAUUGUGAGAUCUUUGUCCACGAGGUCGGAUCAUGUCACAAUGCCUGGCCACUAUCUUGUUUCCUUGGCGGGCUCAAGAUGGACCUGGCUGAGCUCCGCGACGUUCGGUGCCCUCUGUGCCGAAUUGAUAUUGCUUGCCCACGGGAAAUGGAUCAAUUCUUGAGACCAGAAGGUCCUCGUCCUCCUGUCCCAGCGGCCCUCCUCAGAUUUACCCUGUUCUCUCCUGACUUCGUCCUCCAUUAUGGUCUGCAGGAAAAGCGGCCUAUCAUCUUUAUGGAGGAGAGUGCGGAAAAUAAGUUGUUGUCGAAGAUGUUCAAGGAUGACGCUGCCUUGUUCAGGCAGUGCUGCUGGGUCAGACGCGAAAAAGGCGAACAUCAGUCCAUUCAAGUUAUGCCUUUCCAAGAUCCCCUUGGGCCCGUCACUACUCCAGUUUUUGCGGCUCUCGUUUUGGUGGAUUUUGGACACAACAUUUUCAGGAUGUGCACGUUUCUGCCACGAGAAAUGGAGGACUUGAGAUACAGAUUGGUGGCUGGCGGUGCUAUUGUGCGCUCGAUGAGUGGCGGCUCGUUCGAUGCAGAAGCCGAGCUCAGAGGUGGUCUGAGUGCCGCCCUGGAUGGAAUAUCCGCAGGCGAGCUCGACAAAGACAUGGCAGCAGCCCAGAAGGCGGGCCAAGCUUUCUUGUGCGGGAGCGAGGGUUCACGAGAAGCAUGGGAAGAGCAGGCGUGCUUCCAUCUUCUCAUGGAAAUGAGCAACGCGGGAUAUGCUGCCAAACAGAUCGACAACGUUCGUUUCAACCAGUUCGUGACCCGCUAUGAUAGGUGGAUUCCGGAGACUGUCAUCAUCCCUGACUCGAUGCUGUCGACCGUGAUGGACUCUGGGGAUGGACUUAGUUUGUCUAAUUCCCAUGAACUGAACCCAAACGCUGCCGAGGACGACGUUCUGGAAGGCGAGGAGGAACUUAGCAGCGAUUGCGACUAUGACGACGACGAGGACUAG